AUGUCGGAUAUCUUAUUGGAUAGCUUAAAAAGAGAUAUAGCACCAGAACUAAAAGACUUUUUAAAGGAUGAUAUAGAGGGUGAAAAGACAGCGAAAGCGUUCCUUAAUGAGUUGUUGAUCAACUAUGAUUUGUUAUCUACCGAAAGCUACACUACGGUAAGCGAAACAAAUUCCAAAGGGAAGACAUUGAUGGAAGAAAUUGCAGAGCUAGACCAGCAACAGCGGUCCAUUGAUAUAAAGUUGGCAGGAAUUACCAACAAUAACACAGACUUGAUUAUCGAUAUAAACGACGAUUUAGCGAGUCUAAAGAAAGAAUUACAAGAAACAUAUCGCAACUCAGUUGAUUCGAUGCUCAAGCUCUCAGAUUUUGAGAGUCAUUCCACCAAACUUGAGAUAUCAAGCAACGAAAAAUCCCGACGUUCGAUUCGUAUUAAUGCCUCGAUAUUAUCAAACAUGGACUCCGUGUUGGACUUAUUGGAGUUGCCGACAUUAUGUAAAUUGUGUAUCUUGCAAGGAAAUUAUCAAGAGUCGCUAGAAAUUUCCAUGUUAGUGAAGACUUUAGUUAUCAGGUUUCCGAAGGUGGCAGUCUUCCAAAAGAUAUCAAAGCAGAUUCAGUUAGAAUUGAAGUUAAUGACAAAGGGUUUAGUCAGGCUAUUGAAUAAAAACUUGAGCCAGAAAAAUAUCUUAAAAAUAUUUCAAAUUCUUAAUAAACUUGAUUUGAAUAGUUUCUCGGAGGAAAGUGAUGAAUCCGAACAGGCGAAGCAAAUUCAAAAAGAUAAGUUCUUAAAGAUAAUAUACUUGAAUGCAAGGUUCAAAUUCAUCAUGAAUGAGUUAGCAAAUUUGGAGCCUUUGAUAAAAUAUAAUAAACUCACUUAUUUGAAGAGAUUAAUCGAAAUUUACAGAGAGUAUAUUUUCAGCUCCUUAUCAAUUUACUAUGCAAUUUUCAAUCCAGUUUCGAAGCUUCUCAACGAAAGAAGAGAAGGCGAAGACAGCAUCUUAAUAGGCCAAUUCGUUAAAAGCUUAGUGUCUAUUCUUUCUCAAAAUUUGAUCAAAUUUUUACCGGAAAUUCUCCAUCCUGGGGACUCAGAUGAAAUAAACGGGGUAGACGAAAUGGAUGACGUUGAUAGACAAGGGCAAAAAGACGGCUUAAUUUUACAAAUAAUGUAUCUAUGUAAUUCAUUGGCCAAAUUUAAUGUGGAUUUUGAGUGUGCUAUAGUCCUGGAAAUAUAUUACAAACAUAAACUUAUAAGUGAAGAUGACUGGUUAAGGAAUUUAGCAAAAGUCAAAAACUUUAAAAGCUAA